AUGGAUUUAGUCCUGGAGGUUUGUGAUACAUUUCUUUUCGACAAAUUAUAUUCAACAGUCUUACCAGCAUCACUGGCAGCUGGAAUUCCACCAAAAUGGCAGCAGAAAUUGGUAUUGAAUGCUGGUGUUAAUAACCAAACCCUUCUACAGGAUUCGUUGUUCCACCUGAACAAUUUGCCUCGAGUAAACAAAGAAGUUUAUGGUCAGACACCAUUUUUACUUGCGAUGACAAAAGAUACGUUCGGAUCACUGCUCGGACGUACUAACCUUGUGAGACAGAUCCUUUCGCUUUGGGCGGUCGUUACAGUGUUUGGUUGGUUGUUAUAUUUGAUAUCCGCAAGUCUCAGCUAUGUUUUUGUAUUCGAUAAGAGCAUCUUUAACCAUCCACGUUAUUUGAAAAACCAAAUGGCAUUGGAAAUUAAAUUGGCAAUGAGCGCAAUUCCAUGGAUGUCAUUAUUGACAGUGCCGUGGUUUGCACUGGAAUUGCACGGUUAUUCCAAACUGUACUUUUAUGCGGAUUUCGAGAAUCACGGUCUUCGUAACAUACUGUUAGAAUUCCUGUCUUUCAUAUUCUUUACUGAUUGUGGUGUUUACUUUGGCCAUAGAUUUUUGCACUUUCCACCAGUUUACAAGAGGCUUCAUAAGCCUCAUCACAAAUGGCUGGUGUGUACGCCAUUUGCAUCGCACGCCUUCCAUCCUGUUGACGGUUACAUUCAAUCAUUGCCAUACCAUAUCUACCCUAUGCUUAUGCCAUUAAACAAGGUUUCCUAUUUGCUAUUAUUCACUUUUGUCAACUGUUGGACCGUUAUGAUCCAUGAUGGUAAUCAUAUGGCCAACAGCGCUGUGGUUAACGGUACCGCGUGCCAUACGGUUCACCAUUUGUAUUUCAACUACAACUAUGGUCAAUUUACCACUUUGUGGGACAGAAUUGGUGGAUCUUACCGUAGACCUGAGGAUGAAUUAUUUGAUCCAAAAUUGAAGGACGAAGAGACUUUAAAGAGACAGAUUAAUGAAAUUGAAAGUUAUAUCAAAGAGGUUGAUGGUGAAGAUGGAUCUUACAGAGUUUAUGGAACGGAGGAAAAACUCAAGAAAGUUAAUUAG